CACAGAGUAUCAACCGUCGCUGGACGAUACAUCAUCAUCCCCAAAGAUUCUCCGGCAGAUUCUCGCUUUUGUCAGUUACCUGGCCUUUAUCAGCGACAAGAUGCAGCCCAAGAUGACUGCUUUGUGCACGCUACUGAUGUUCGUAGUCGUCGUCGCAGUUUCUAGUCUCACAGCCGAUGCAAUACCGCGCCAUGAAAGUUAUUGGGAUCAGCAAGAUGACAUAGACCGAGACGAGUUUCUAGAGAUACUCUCUCGUCUUAGUCGCUUCAACCGUCCUGAGAUGGAAAACACCAAACGAGGAUUGGAUCUGGGUCUCAAUCGUGGCUACAGCGGUUCUCAGGCGGCGAAACACAUGAUGGGACUCGCGGCAGCGAACUACGCCGGCGGUCCCGGACGAAGGCGUCGCUCGGAACAAGCGUAGAUCGCAGACACGCAGAUCACUGAUACAGAGAGAUUACUAUACAACUCGUAAUAACGUCAUUCCCGACUCGAUCCUUCCACUUUAUCUCUACCUCGAGCUUGAACCACUGAUCUCAGAAUCGUCCGUUGCCAGUGGCGUAACUAUUAUAAAUGCACUCGAGCGAUGAAUUCUUCUCUUCUCUCAAAUAAACCUGUAGAGUGUGUAUAGACAUACAUUUCCUCCGAAGCAUAAAACUAGCAUAAGUUCCUUAAUUAAAAAUUAUAGAUACGAUUAUAGAUACAACUAUAGUUAAUUGGUGUUGAUAAAUUCCAAUUUUACAUUUCACCAUUUAAUCCUCACGCACUUACAGCUUUUGCACACUCCUAGUUGCACCACUGGCAGUUUGCAACUGCAUUGUUAAUCGCUCUUUAUUUUAUUUGUGUAGAAGCGAAUGCGAUAUAAUUGCUUUGAGCGAAAUGCUUUUAUUUAAAAUAAAUUUGAAGUAAAUAUAUCUACAUAUUUAUAAAUGGACACAAAUAGAGUCCAUUUAUUUGCUCUAUAUCAGUUCCA